AUGGCCUUUUUAUAUUCGUUCAGUGCUUUAGAUUCAUUAUCGAUACCAUGUUGUAUUGAACGAGGAACGGAAGAUUUUUGCGAAUCAUUGAAAGAGUUAAAUAAACUUCGUAGGAAAGAAUCAGAAUUGACAAUCUCUGAGUAUAUUUGUCAAAUGAAACAAAUUAAUCUAACCACGAAAAGUAAAAGAAUUAUGCAAGGAUUAUUUCGACAGAUUGCACAUCUGAAUCAACAACUAAAUCAGUUACUUUUAGAACAGCGACAAUUAAUUUAUAAACAAGGACAAUUAAUUCGCAAACAAGGUCUAUUUAUUCGUCAUCAAGGUCAUCUAAUCCAAAACCAAAGUCAUUGGUAUCAUAAACAGAAUCGUCUAGUGGCCAAUCAGUUAGCUAAAACGUUAAAAGUUAUAGGUAAAGAAUUAGAUGAGAUAAUGGAAGUGUUCCAUAGUAUAAAUGAACGACUAGAUCAAGUUUUCCGUCACUUAGCUCAAUUAUGUCAACAGCAAAAUCAAUUAGUUCAACAAUAUCAUCAGUUAUCACAAACAAGGUCGUUCAACUAUUGGUAUGACUACUUUUAA